GCGGCGGGAGCGGGAGCGGCGCUGGCGGCGGCGGCCGAUGGCCCAGGGCUGAUCUAUGCGGCGCCUGGCGGGGCUGCGGGCGCUGCGGUGUCUGCGGCGCCGGCGGCGGCGGCGGGGCCCGGGGCGCGAGCGCGGCGGGGACACCAUGAAGUACCAGAAAUACCUGACGGUGCUGCAGAUGGCCAUCGGCGUCACCCCGUCCAACCGCGGCAGCCUCCUGCCGCUCAAGCGCCGGCUGUGGGUCACGCCAUCCUCUGAAAAUCCUCAUGGUGCUACUUCUGGUGUGAGCCAGGGCAAACCUUCCUUACGACGCAUUAAAGGGCGCUUACACCGGAGCAAGAGCCUGGAUAGUAUCGACUUCUGUGAACUCACGAGCACAGUCAUGGAGGAAACCGCGAUAUGGGAACAGCACACGGUGACGCUUCACAGGGCUCCUGGAUUUGGAUUUGGAAUCGCCAUAUCUGGGGGAAGAGAUAACCCCCACUUUCAGAGUGGGGAGACAUCCAUCGUGAUCUCCGACGUGCUGAAAGGCGGCCCUGCGGAAGGGCAGCUCCAGGAGAAUGACCGAGUUGCAAUGGUUAAUGGAGUUUCAAUGGAUAAUGUCGAGCAUGCAUUUGCUGUUCAGCAACUAAGAAAAAGCGGGAAAAAUGCAAAAAUUACCAUUCGAAGGAAGAAGAAAGUCCAGAUCCCUGUUAGCCGUCCUGAGCCUGAGCCCGUGUCUGAGAACGAGGAAGACAGCUACGAGGAAGACGUGCAUGAUCCCCGCAGUGGCCGUGCCACUCUAGGGAACAGAAGAAGCGAGAAGAGUUGGGCGAGGGACAGAAGCGCUAGCAGAGACAGGAGCUUGUCCCCACGCUCUGACCGGCGCUCUGUGGCCUCCAGCCAGCCUCCCAGGCCUACCAAAGUCACGUUGGUGAAGUCCCGGAAGAAUGAAGAAUAUGGUCUUCGGUUGGCCAGCCAUAUAUUUGUAAAGGAAAUUUCACAAGACAGCCUGGCAGCAAGAGACGGCAACAUUCAAGAAGGAGACGUUGUGCUGAAGAUAAAUGGAACUGUGACAGAAAACAUGUCACUGACAGAUGCAAAAACACUGAUCGAAAGAUCCAGAGGCAAGUUGAAGAUGGUGGUCCAGCGAGAUGAGCGAGGAACCCUGCUGAACGUGCCCGACUUGUCAGACAGCAUUCACUCAGCCAAUGCUUCUGAGCGGGAUGACAUUUCGGAGAUUCAAUCCCUGGCCUCAGACCAUUCUGGCCGAUCCCAUGACCGGCCUGCCCGCCACAGCCGCUCACGUUCUCCUGACCAGCGCUCAGAGCCUUCCGAUCCUUCCCGGCACUCUCCGCCGCAGCCCAGCAAUGGCAGUCACCGGAGCAGAGAGGACGAGAGGAUUUCUAAACCUGGUGCCAUCUCCACACCUGUAAAGCAUGCAGAUGAUCAGGCCCCUAAAGCAGUAGAAGAAGUCAGAGUUGAAAGAAGUGAGAAACCAGCGCCCACUCUUCCAGAACCAAAGCCUGUGUAUGCUCAAGUUGGGCAGCCUGAUGUGGACUUGCCUGUUAGCCCUUCUGAUGGGGUCCUGCCUGAUUCAGCGCACGAGGAUGGGAUUCUGCGGCCCAGCAUGAAAUUGGUAAAAUUCAGAAAAGGAGACAGUGUGGGUUUGCGGCUGGCUGGUGGAAAUGAUGUUGGAAUAUUUGUGGCUGGCGUUCUGGAAGACAGCCCUGCGGCCAAAGAGGGUCUAGAAGAGGGUGACCAGAUUCUCAGGGUAAACAACGUGGACUUCACGAACAUCAUCCGGGAGGAAGCUGUUCUUUUCCUGCUGGACCUCCCAAAAGGAGAAGAAGUGACCAUCCUGGCCCAGAAGAAGAAGGACGUUUAUCGUCGCAUCGUUGAAUCAGAUGUUGGGGAUUCUUUCUAUAUUCGAACCCAUUUUGAAUAUGAAAAGGAAUCUCCCUAUGGACUUAGUUUUAACAAAGGAGAGGUGUUUCGUGUCGUGGAUACUUUGUACAAUGGGAAACUGGGCUCUUGGCUUGCUAUUCGGAUUGGUAAAAACCAUAAGGAGGUGGAGCGAGGCAUCAUCCCUAACAAGAACAGAGCCGAGCAGCUGGCCAGUGUGCAAUACACACUUCCCAAAACAGCUGGAGGUGACCGUGCCGACUUCUGGCGAUUCCGGGGGCUCCGCAGCUCCAAGAGGAACCUCCGGAAGAGCAGAGAGGACUUGUCGGCCCAGCCAGUGCAGACCAAGUUCCCCGCGUAUGAGAGAGUCGUCCUUCGGGAAGCUGGAUUUUUGAGGCCUGUAACAAUCUUUGGACCGAUAGCAGAUGUCGCCAGAGAAAAGCUGGCAAGAGAAGAACCAGACAUUUACCAGAUUGCAAAAAGUGAACCACGAGACGCUGGGACUGACCAACGCAGCUCUGGCAUCAUCCGCCUGCAUACCAUAAAGCAGAUCAUAGACCAAGACAAACAUGCUUUACUAGAUGUCACCCCAAAUGCAGUGGACCGUCUGAAUUAUGCCCAGUGGUACCCAAUUGUAGUCUUCCUUAACCCUGACUCUAAGCAAGGCGUCAAAACGAUGAGAAUGAGGCUGUGUCCAGAAUCUCGGAAAAGUGCCAGGAAGUUAUAUGAGCGGUCUCAUAAACUUCGCAAGAACAACCACCAUCUUUUUACAACUACCAUUAACUUGAAUUCCAUGAACGAUGGUUGGUACGGUGCACUGAAAGAAGCAAUUCAGCAGCAGCAGAACCAGUUGGUAUGGGUUUCCGAGGGGAAGGCGGACGGUGCCACAAGCGAUGACCUUGAUUUGCAUGACGAUCGGCUGUCCUACCUGUCAGCCCCGGGUAGCGAGUACUCAAUGUAUAGCACGGACAGUAGACACACGUCUGACUAUGAAGACACAGACACAGAAGGCGGGGCCUACACUGAUCAAGAACUAGACGAGACCCUUAAUGACGAGGUGGGGACUCCCCCGGAGUCUGCCAUCACCCGCUCCUCGGAGCCUGUCAGAGAGGACCCCUCUGGAAUGCAGCCUGAAAGCCAACCCUACCCUCCUUACGCUCCGCAGGCGCUGCCGCAGCCCAGCCAUAGACUAGACUGCCCCGGAUUUAAAGCAGCCUCGCAACAGAGAGCAGAGCCCUCAUCUCCAGCCCCCCGCCUCUCGCCUGAAACAAACCCAACACCGGUCUCCUCUGCCGUUGCUCAUAACGCGCCUCUCCCUCGGGUCCACCCAGAGGAGCCGGCCCCGGCUCCUGCCGCCACUCACUCCCCACAAGCUGCUUCUUUCCGAGGGCCCAGUGCUGAGGCAGCUCCCGGAGCGCUCAGAGACCCGGAGCCACCAGUGUCGCCGCAUGCAGACCCGGCCCAGGUAUACAGGAAAGACCCCUAUUCUGAGGAACUGCUAAGACAGAAUCAUGUGAUGAAGCAGCCAGCCAUGGGUCACCCUGGCCAAAGGCCCGACAGAGAGCUGGGCCUCAGCUAUGAACCCCAAACCCCGUACGGAGAGAAGCAGGCCGUCAGGGAGAUGGAGCCGCCAGUGUCCAGAUAUGACUCCUCUGGCUAUGCAGACCCGUGUCCGCGUGGCUAUGAGCAUCGUCUGCGCUAUGAGGAGCAGUGGCCCUAUUUUGAUGACAGGCAGCCCCACCAGCCUCGGCCACCUUUUGACACUCAGCACUCACGGGACCUUGACCCCAGACCUCAUCCUGAUGAACCCUUAGAACGGGGGUACUUUCCCCACUUUGAGGAGCCGACCCCCCUGUCCUUUGACAGCCGAGCACGCUUUGAACAGCCACCCAGAACCUCCACCCUCCGCCAUGAGGAGCCACCGCCUGCUGGGUAUGAGCUGCCAAGCAGAUACCGGCCUGAAACCCAGACCUAUGCGGCUGUGGGCCCUAAGGUCCCAGAGCCAAAGCCAUCCUUGGAGCAGUACCCACGGAGUUAUGAGCAGGUCCCUGCCCAAGGGCUGCCCUCGAAAGCCAGCCACUAUGAGCCUGCUCCGGCCGCACCGCCCAGCAACACCAAGCCCCUGCCGCCGCCGCCCCCUGCUGCAGCCGACGACGAAGAGGAUCCGGCCAUGAGGCCACAGUCGGUGCUCACACGGGUGAGGAUGUUCGAGAACAAAAGGUCUGCCUCGUUGGAGCACAGGAAGGAUGAGAACCACCUUGCUGGUCUGAAGCCAGCAGAAAUGGCAUCCAGACCCUCUGUGGCUCCCAUCACAGCUCCGAAAGCCGCUUUGCAGAACCAGCUGAGUGAUCAUGACAAGACCCUCUACAGCAGGAUCCCAGAGCCGCAGAAGCCUCAGGCAAAGCCCCCUGAAGAUAUUGUCCGGUCAAACCACUACGAUCCUGAGGAGGAUGAGGAGUAUUACCGGAAGCAGCUCUCCUACUUUGACCGCCGGAGUUUCGACAGCAAACCUGCCCUUGUUCCUGCUGGCCAGGCACCAGAGCCAGCCAAGCCCACUCACCCGCAGGCUCAACCCAGCUUCUCUGCACACUCCACCAAGGGCAAGUCUCCCGAGGCAGAAGCUGUGGAACGGUCAUUCGGCGAGAAACGUCCCGAGCCCCCUCAGCCCCUCCAGCCCACACCCCCACCACCUCCCUUGCCCUCGCAGUACACGCAGCCUGCUGCACCCGUGCCCAGCUCUGCCCUCACCUUCCACACGCAUGCCAAGGGUGCCCACAGUGAAGGUAGUUCGGUCUCGAUGGAUUUUCAGAAUUCCUUAGUGUCCAAGCCAGACCCGCCUCCACUGCAGAACAAGCCAGCCAUCUUCCGAGCCCCAACCCGAGAUGAUGCCGCUCCACCCCCCUUCUAUUCCCAGAAGAGCUUCUCGGACAAGGCGCCCGUGAAUGGGGCAGAACCUGCACAGAAGACGCCUGCGUACAACCGCUUCACCGCCAAGCCCUACACCAGCUCCGCGCGGCCCUUUGAGCGCAAAUUUGAAAGCCCGAAAUUCAACCAUAACCUCUUGCCCGCUGACACUGCCCACAAACCUGACCUGUCCUCCAAGGCACCCACCUCGGCCCAGGCUCUGGGCAAAGCCCCUAGCUCUGCACAGCAGCCUGAGUUUGACAGCGGCGUGGAGACCUUCUCCCUUCAUGCUGAGAAGCCCAAAUACCAGUUCAACAACGUUAGCGCUGUGCCCAAAGCGGUUCCUGUGAGUCCUUCUGCUGUGGAGGAAGACGAAGAUGAGGAUGGGCACACAGUGGUGGCCACGGCCCGGGGUGUCUUCAACAGCAACGGCGGGGUGCUGAGCUCCAUCGAGACGGGCGUGAGCAUCAUCAUCCCACAGGGAGCCGUGCCCGAGGGCGUGGAGCAGGAGAUCUACUUCAAGGUCUGCCGGGACAACAGUCUCCUCCCGCCGCUGGACAAGGAGAAAGGUGAGACCCUUCUGAGCCCCCUGGUGAUGUGUGGGCCUCACGGCCUCAAGUUCCUGAAGCCCGUGGAGCUGCGCCUGCCGCACUGUGCGUCCAUGACUCCUGACGGUUGGUCUUUUGCUCUAAAAUCAUCCGACUCCUCGUCGGGUGACCCGAAAACCUGGCAAAACAAGUGUCUUCCCGGAGAUCCGAACUAUCUUGUUGGAGCAAAUUGUGUUUCUGUCCUGAUUGACCACUUUUAAUUCUUAAAUAUAGGAACUUGAUUAAAUAAUGUGAACCUGGGUUAGACUUUUACUGAAUCUCACUGGAACCAUCUAUCAAGUAUGGACUUGUCUCGGGACUGAUGCUGCACCUGGUCUCCACCAAGCAUUGUGUUGGACCUGAGGCGGGUUGGGAGUGACCCUGCCCAGCACCUGCCUGCACGCGCCUGGGCCCAGGGACCUCAGUCUGGGCCGCAGCCUCCGCGGCGUUGGGCUUUGUAAUGAUUUUGUACUUUUUUACGGGCACUGCUUCACUCACUUCAUUUCUUGAUUUCCGUUAUGAUCCCAGCCAACCAGUGGGGGACAUUGAGUUCUAUUCUUUCCAAAGUCAGCAGUUUCAAACUUCCUUAUGGCCCCGGCCUGGCUCUCACGGUUUAUUUGAUUAUGCAUGAGGUAAUAUGCACACAUUUUUAAAAUACACCAGGAAAUGUAUCUAUCUAGGUGGAUUGAUCUAUCGACCCAUCUAUAUAGAUAUUGCCAGUGUAGGGGAUUAACAACAUGUACAUGAGGGGGAUUUAGAGCUUUUUGGGGGGAAGUGGCAGGAGAGGAGGCAGGCCCCAGGACCCAAGAAGAUAAUUACUGUAUACAGAAGCACGUUUCUCUUUGGAAGGACACCAAAGAACAUGAGAUUAGCUCCACGGCCUCCGAACGGUUUGGAUCUGAACAAUUAACCCUCACCACAGCCCUACUAACCAGCAGGAAUGCCUUACCCUCCUUUGAUUCUUGACGUUCUCCCAGCGGAUGCCAAGUCGGGAUGGCUUCUGUGCCCAUCCACAUACUGUAUCAUGGAUAAGACUGAGUGAAUUGUGGGUUUGGUGGUUUUAGACAUGUCUAAUCACCCACAAGAAAAUCAUGGUAUGAUUUGGGGACUUUUUCCUUUCAGUUUUGGGUUGGGUGAGGGUGUGGUUGCGCUGUUCUUGGCUCUGCCUUGGGAAGUUUUGCUGUUUUCAGGAUGCUUGUACAUAGGCGUGCAUAUCACUCUAGUUCUUGGUUUGUAAAUUAACUUUUAUAAACUUGACCUUUUU